AAAAUGCUUUGCCCGUGUGUUCUCUGUCAACAAGAGAAUGAAUUGUCCGACCGUACGGUAAAGGAACAUCUGCUCUCAUUCGGUCACAUGAAGAAAACACUGUUGGCUGAUUUUAUCAAACAUACCGAUCCGGGAGACAAACUUUUUCACCACGUGCUGAGGUCGUUACUAGAUAAGUGCUUUGAAGAGGGAGCAACCUUUGAGGUGAAGGGUUCACAGGGAAAACCCCUCCUCAUCACCACUAUCAUUAAGCCGCACAAGGAAAUAAAAACUCCUGCUGACAGUGUUAAAAGGAAGCACACUCAUGUCUUCAAGGAUAUAGUAGAGAGCCAGGCUGAGUCAAGCUGUUCAAAAUCUAAUGACUCUGAUAUCGAAUCAGUGACCAAACGGAUCCGAACUGCGGAGUUAACAUCACUCUCUAAAGAGCAGCGGGAGUAUGUACAGGCGUUGGCUGGCGUUGACUGUAAGAAACGAAUUGAUGCUCUUCAUGUUGCUAUGUUCAAAGCUGAAUCUAACACGGGGACAGCCAAUGUACGAAACAACCUGCGGCCACUGCUAAAAAAAUAUGAUAUAAAAAUGGAAUCAGAGAAGGAAAUCAAGUCAAUGGAAGAAUUAUACACCGUGAACUAUAUGAGUGCAAUGGUUUCUCUUUCCCAUAAAGCUGCAGCACAUGAUAAAAAUGAAACUAAAAGUGGUGAGCUGUUAGCAAGACGUACCCCAGUAGCCUACUGUGAUGGACAGGAACUGCUAACCAAAACACUUAUAACCUUGAAGAAUACCGGCCAGUUAGAUGUGGGAACUGACAAAACUAUACAUGUUAAGCUGUUUGUAGACGCAGACACGAGCUCCACUAAAGUGGCAGUCAAUGUGCUAAACCAGCCUUCGUGUAACAGCUCGUAUGCCCACCCAAUGCUGGUGUACACCGAAGCUCCGGACCAUCGCAGGAACAUGGAGGUCAUAUUUAAGGUGGUUAACCGGGACCUACCACAGCUCAAGAACUUUGUCUUCUGUGGAGCACAUGUGAAGAUGAUUCUCUGUGCAGACACAAAGGCACUGUGGGCUAUGCUGGGUAUGGGCAGCAAUGGGACGUUCCCCUGUCCACUGUGCGAGGUACAUAAAGACCUGAUGCAAGUACCCAGAAGCCAGAGAGCUCUCUGCAAGCCCCGAACUUUUGCGGGAAUUAUGCAGAACUUUGAUGCUAAUAUGAGAAUGACUCAGUGUAACCCGAGAUCCCAAGCCCAGUUUAUGAAUGUUGCUUCACGACCCAUCACAGACUGUUUCGGGGAGGAUUCUGAUUAUCUCAUAAACUGGGUCGCUGUUCCGUUCUUGCACAUAAACAUCAAAGUCGGGACUUUUCUGUGGACAGAGUACGGUAAACUGUGCGAGGAGAUAGACUUUGUACUCGCUUGCAAUGUGGCAGACGGGUUUCUUCCCAACAGCUACAGCAGUACGACAGACUUUGGAGCCAUGAUUCUGCGCAUCGAACAAGGUAACCGUGUGGCCUCGAAGUGCAACAGUGGGCCCCUUUCCUCGAAGUAUGAGCAAUAUUUGAGGGGCAUCAAUGUCACUCCUGAGGCAUACCAUGGUGUGUCCCUGACCGGCGUGAGAGCAGGAUAUUUGGUUAAAGCCAAUCACACUCAAUUUUGGACAGACCACUUCUAUAAAAACGAGAAGAUAAGACCACAGGACAAGCUGCACUUUCAGCAACGGCUCCUUGCACUGGAUCGCAUUAAGUCCUCGUAUAGAGAUCUCUUAGUUCUCGGUGGCAAAAGUGGGAAAGUGAAGAGUCCCCGUGAGAUCGAAACUCUUGUCAAGGCCAGGGACCUCUUCUUGGCAGAGUACCGAAAGUUUGGUCAGUCCACAUCGGUGAAGAUACAUCUCCUUGAAGACCACUUUUUGGAGCAGAUACAGCUCUGGGGGAUGUUUUCUGGAUCUUUCAAUGAGCAAGGUGGUGAGAGUACUCACUCCCUUUUUAAGAAUCACGAACACAUGACAAACCAUGUUCGUAAUGACGAAGACCGAGUUGUGAAAAAGUGCGAGCUAGCAACACGGAAAUACCUGUUGAAAGUGAAAUCCAAGCUGUGUGACUGAAAUGGGUCAAUCAUGA